CACACUUCUCCCACCUUCACUCGUUCUUCGCACCCAUUUUCCCCCUUCUUCCAUUCCAUGAUUUCCAACUCACAGGUCUCAACAACCCGAGCACCACACUCUCUUCAUCAUUUAUUUGAUUUGCCUUCCUUUUACGUUCAAUUCUAGCCUUUUCUGUAUACGACCAUGGCGACCGUUGCUCCCGCGACCGUUUACCCCCAGAGCCACGUCGGUUUCGACAGCAUCACCAGCCAGAUCGAGCGCAAGCUCUUGAAGCGUGGUUUCCAGUUCAAUGUAAUCUGCGUCGGCCAGACUGGUCUCGGAAAGUCGACCCUCAUCAACACCAUCUUCGCGUCCCACCUCAUCGAGUCCAAGGGUCGUCUCGUGCCUGACGAGGUCAUCCGCUCCACCACUGAGAUUCACCCCGUUUCCCACAUUAUCGAGGAGAAUGGCGUCCGCCUCAGGCUCAACAUUGUCGACACCCCUGGCUACGGUGAUCUGAUCAACAACGACCGCUGCUGGGACCCUAUUGUCAAGUACAUCAAGGACCAACACUCCGCCUACCUGCGAAAGGAGCUCACUGCCGCCCGUGACAAGUACAUUCAGGACACCCGCAUCCACUGCUGCCUGUUUUUCAUCCAGCCCACCGGCCACUCCCUGAAGCCCAUCGACAUUGUGGUGCUCAAGAAGCUGUCGGAUGUGGUCAACGUCGUGCCUGUCAUCGCCAAGGCCGACACCCUGACCAUGGAUGAGCGCCAGGCCUUCAAGGAGCGCAUCAAGGAGGAGUUCGCGUUCCACAACCUGAAGAUGUUCCCUUAUGACAACGACGAGUUUGACGAGGAGGAGCGUGCCCUGAACAACCAGAUCAAGAACCUUGUCCCCUUCGCCGUCGUCGGGUCCGAGAAGUCGAUCAUUGUGAACGGCAAGCAGGUCCGGGGUCGUCAGAACCGGUGGGGUGUGAUCAAUGUUGAGGACGAGAACCACUGCGAGUUCGUCUACCUGCGCAACUUCCUGCUCCGAACACAUCUGCAGGACCUCAUCGAGACAACGUCCCAGAACCACUACGAGGGCUUCCGUUCUAAGCAGCUGCUGGCACUGAAGGAGGGCAGCGCACAGGGCCACAGCAGCAGCAGACCGAUCAGCCCUGCCGCGGAACGCGAGAUGAGCCGAAGCUCUCAGCGUAUGACUAUGAACGGCUACUAGGAGGAGCCAUUCAGGAAGCGCACGAUCGACGAGAACGUAAAGGCGACCUUUGCUGGCCUGUGAAGACUGGAAACUGGGUUGACGCAAAUGCGCGCACGCAAGCGGCAGACAGACAGGCCUCUCUCUUCUGUUUGUGAUGAUGCAGACGCGGUGGUGCCUCUGGUCUAACUCCUUUCUGUCUUGACCCUCCUGCGUCAAGAAAAGGUGGUUUCGCGCACAUGGGACCAACGUAUUUCCCACGGACUGGACUAUUACGCUUAUUCUCUUUUAGUAUUCUCGGGUCUUUCUUUUCUAUCUUUUCUUCCCAUUCUUAAUCUUCAGCCCUUCGGCACUCUAAUUAGAGUCUAGUCUUGAUACCUGCCGGAAUACAUAUGAAAUUGAUCACCGAACCAGUCUUCAAACUGUGGUGUAUAACCGUAAAUGGUGAUGUUCAUCUGGGUAUCAUCCGAGGUCAUCAAUUUUCUUUGUUCCCUAAAUAAUUGAUACCUCCAUAACAAGUCCUUCCGCGAUUUUGGGAACCAUUUUAUGCGUCCGCUGGCUUGUUGUACACGAAAUCUUCCAGCUGCUUGUAUGCCUUAUCGAGGUCGUCGUUCACAAUAAUGAGAUCGUGAGCACCAGGCGUCUUCGAAUACUCGAGCUCGAGCUUGGCCUGCUUCAACCUCUUCAGCACACUGUCCUCCUUCUCGGUGCCCCUCCCCCUGAGCCUCCUCUCCAGCUCCUCCUCGCUCGGCGGCGCGACAAAGACAUACCGCGCCUCCAUGCCGCUCUGCUUGAUCUGUUUCACGCCUUCCAUCUCGAUGUCCAGCACGACCACCUUGCCCCGCCCGCUCAGCUCGGCGAUGGCUCCCUUGGAGGUGCCGUAGCGGUUCCCGCCGAACUGGGCGUGCUCGACGAAGCCGUCCUGGGCGAUCAGGUCUUCGAACUCGGGGCGCGUGACAAAGUAGUAGUGCACGCCGUGUUCCUCGCCCUCGCGCGGUGCGCGGGUGGUGUGGCUGACGGACAGGGUGAAGGUGUCUGGGUGGCGCUCGCGUAGGAGGUUGAAGAGUGUGCCCUUGCCGACGCCGCUGGGGCCGGAGAUGACGAGGGGACGGCGGUCGGUGGGAAGAUCGGGGGCCAUUGUGGUGGUGGUUGUUGUGGUGAGGAGGCGGAGGCGGUUGAGGGCGGUUGGCAGGUUGGUAGGAUCAGCAGUGGUGGGACGGCGGUAAAUGGCUGGUGCUCGAGCUGCUCUGAGAAGUGGCCGGGCCAGCAGGAGGAUAGUCAUGG